GGAAGGAGGGCCCAGCUAACUGCUGGGACCCAGACUUCGUGGGGCCUUCCCUCGAGCUGCCUCACCCUCCCCAGGGGCACCCACCUCUCCUCCUUGCUGCCACAGUCAACCUGUUAGGCCGGGCUGGGCAGGUCUGGAGAUGGGCGGGGAGCCUUGAGCCUCUGCACCUCCUCCUCCCCCACCGCCCUGUGCUUGGCACUCAGGCCUCUUCAAGCUGGGCUGCCUGGGUGCCUGAGGCCAGGAAGUUGGGGGGGGUUCCGGGGGGUGACCCCCAAGAAGAGGGCAGCCCCUUCAUUCUUGGCUGACAGGAGCCCUCCCCGGAGCCGGCAGGGUGGGAGUACCCUCCCCAGGGGCCAGGGCCAUGCUGCCUUGUGCCUUCUGAGGCCCCGAAUCAUGGCCCGGUCGCUGACCUGGCACUGCUGCCCCUGGUGCCUGACGGAGGAUGAGAAGACCGCUGCCCGGAUUGACCAGGAGAUCAACAAGAUCCUCCUGGAACAGAAGAAGCGGGAUCGAGGCGAGCUGAAGCUGCUGCUUCUGGGCCCAGGCGAGAGCGGGAAGAGCACGUUCAUCAAGCAGAUGCGCAUCAUCCACGGCGCUGGCUACUCGGAGGAGGACCGCAAGGGCUUCCGGCCGCUGGUCUACCAGAACAUCUUCGUGUCCAUGCGGGCCAUGAUCGAGGCCAUGGACCAACUGCAGAUCCCCUUCAGCAGGCCUGAGAGCAAGCACCAUGCCAGCCUGAUCAUGAGCCAGGACCCUUACAAAGUGACCACUUUUGAGAAGCGCUAUGCAGUGGCCAUGCAGUGGCUGUGGAGUGACGCCGGCAUCCGGGCCUGCUACGAGCGCCGGCGCGAGUUCCAGCUGCUUGACUCAGCAGUGUACUACCUGUCGCACCUGGAGCGCAUCACUGAGGAGGACUACAUCCCCACGGCCCAGGACGUGCUUCGCAGCCGUAUGCCCACCACUGGCAUCAAUGAGUACUGCUUCUCCGUACAGAAAACCAACCUGCGGAUUGUUGAUGUCGGGGGCCAGAGGUCAGAACGCAAGAAGUGGAUCCACUGCUUUGAGAACGUGAUCGCCCUCAUCUACCUGGCCUCGCUGAGCGAAUACGACCAGUGCCUGGAGGAGAACAACCAAGAGAACAGAAUGAAGGAGAGUCUGGCCCUGUUUGGCACGAUCCUGGAACUGCCCUGGUUCAAAAGCACAUCCGUCAUCCUCUUUCUCAACAAAACCGACAUCCUGGAGGAGAAGAUCUCCACCUCCCACCUUGCUACCUACUUCCCCAGUUUCCAGGGCCCGAAGCAGGACGCGGAGGCAGCCAAGAGGUUCAUCCUGGACAUGUACACCCGCAUGUACAACGGCUGUGUGGACGCCGCUGACGGGAGCGGGAAGGGCUCGCGCUCCCGGCGCCUCUUCAGUCACUACACGUGCGCCACGGACACGCAGAACAUCCGUAAAGUCUUCAAGGACGUGCGGGACUCGGUGCUGGCCCGCUACCUCGACGAGAUCAACCUGCUGUGACCCAGGCUCCGCCUCCCCCUGGCUCGGAAGAGCGCGUGGCAGCCAGGGCCUGCGGGCGGGGCCGGCGCUCAGAGCCCCAGACCGCCGCGUCGCUCCAGGCCCGGGUGGGGGAGGACCACGAGUGAGUUGGGCAUGGAAGGCUAGUCACUGUCCCUCCUCUGCCCCACUCCAGGACAGCCCCUGGGAUCCCCUCUCUUGACUCAGUUUACUUCCUCGGAAAGGGAGCACAAGGCCAUUUGGGAUCCCAGGGUGGAGGAAAAGAUGGAGAGCAGGGGAUGGAGGACUUGUGUGGGUGGGGCUCUCUCAGGAUCCCACCUCCCGGUGUGUCCCCUCCUGGAAAGGAGUCUGGAACCCCCUAGGGGUGAUGCACACCCCCAGGGGUCGGGCAGUUGUCCUUCAGGCCCUGGAACCUGACUCUGGCGCCCUCUAGUGGACAGAAGACGGCAUCUCCCAGCUUGAGGUCUGGCUAGCUUAGAGACCUCCCUUCUGGGAGAAGAGACCCCUGGAAAACGGUGCCCCUUUAAGAGCUUCGUGACUCAGAGUAAGUCCUGUUACGGUUUGCAGAUGAGGGAAACAGACCCACAGGCAUCCCCCUCCUUUCCAGGCUGGGGGCUGGGCGCGCUGCAUCUUAAAACCUACUGUAUUUAUUCCCUCACCUGCAGGGCCCCUUGUGAGUUGGACAUUAAAGAAAUGCUAUUCUGGAGACCUGUGAUUUCUUAGGGGUGUAGUGUUUGUCCCCCUCGCGGUCCCUUCUCAGGUCUCCUGUCCCAGGUGGGAUAGAAACAUGGAGAAGGAAGGAAAAAGGUUUUGUGCUGGGCACAGUGCCCAGAGCUGUCAGGGAAAGUGUGAACUUUGAGCCAUUACGUGGAGUCCAACCUCUCUCCCCAGAGGGGGUUUAUUUAAGUCCACUUUGUGUUGCUAUUCACCCCAAAUUCCAGCAGCAGCUCCCACCCAUCUCUGAUGAAGAUGAAGAUAAUGACUCCACUGAUGCCAGACCGUGGUGUCCCACCAUCCUCAGGGAUGCCCCAUGUAGCACUAGCCUUAUCAUUCCCAUUUUACAGAUGAGAAAGCUGAGGCAUGAAGAAACUG